AUGGUGUUAUUUUGUGACACCUACGUGCAAAUAGAUCUAUCCUCUGCCACCAGCGACUGUGCAGGUGUCCCAGGGUGCUCACUAGGACCGUUACCGAACGAUAAAGCCUCUAGCGAAGAAACAGGCACAGGGAACGCCGAAGGGUGCAAGGACUCGAGACGAUGGUUCUCUGGCCAAAUAAAAGCCUCGCCCCCCCGCGGGGUUCUGGCCCCGGCGCCGCUCAGCGACGGGGUUGCGGCCAGGGCGCUGUCCUGCCGAGCGGCACGGGAGCCGUGCGGGGGGCACGGGGCCGUUGAGCCCUUCCUGCCGCACGCCUCGGGGAAGGGGCUGGCUGGAAGUCUCCUCCUCGGGCACCUUCUAACAGGGCAAAUUUUUCUGGCAGACAGCGGAGAACAAGUUUUAGUCGAUGUGGAAGACAAAACCAACAAGGAGAUAACAGAACACAUUAAAAAAAUCUUGGGGAAAAGCAAAGAAACACUUGAAAAAGAGGAAAAGGAAAGAAAAAAACUAUCACACCCUGCAACUUUUGGUCCCAGGAAAUACCACCUGCGAGAGUGCAUGUGUGAAAUUGAAGGUCAAGUUCCCUGCCCUGCUCUUGUACCACUUCCCAAAGAAAUGAGGGGCAAAUACAAAGCAGCUAUGAAAAAUGAAGCGUCAGCCUGA